GAUUAUUAUAGCAUAUGUGCUGUACGGUGACGACAUCAUGAAGUGAUAACUGGACAAAUGGUGGAUACAAACGUCCUGCUGAUAUGAUUUGGAUUCCAUUGAGCAUUUAACGUCUCAUAUCAAUCAAAAUUUUUUUCCGGAGUUAGGAUGUAGUUUGAUGAUAUAAAUUUUCUGAAGCUUCAUAACAGCAGCAUGUAUACAUGAUAGACUUUUUGUUGUGGACGAUCUGAAGUGUAUUUAUGAGUCUGAUAUGGUUAAAUUGUAUGCAUGAUUAAAGUUUAGACUAAUAUAGAUAUGACAAAAUGUGUGCUUUGAUUUUUGUUUAUUCCAGUAUUUGGUGUUCAUCGUAUUACAUUGCUUUCUUUUAGUCCUGGAAUUGUUUAAUACAUAUGGAGUCCAUUCCAGCUAUGCACGUCCCUUGGUGCUCUGUCAUGCAUUAUAGUUUUGACAUCAUUGUAAACGUUUUCAUACCAUAGAUUAUUGGGGCUUCUCUUUCUUCUGUCAAUGGCUGCAAAUGAAGACAUUGACAUGCCAGCUUUGAAGCCUGAGCCGAGCCAAACUGAUGAAUUGUGGAAGCAGGACAUGGAAAGAAACCAGUCUCAACUGGAUAUCCUGCAAGAAAAAGUCAUGGAGGUUAAGGCCUGCAUACAGGGUUCGGAGGAAGAUGCAAAAAAGGAGUUAGAUGUUCUUUGGCGGAGAGUCAAAACUACUGCUACAUUAUUGACCUAUUUAAAAUCCAAGGCUAGAAUCAUGGCUGUUCCUCAUUUAGCCCACACAUCUUGUGGUAUCAAACAACUAGAGGGGGUAGGGCUUGUGGACAAAAAUGGGAUACCAUUAUCAGGUUGGUCCAGGAAUGUUGAUGUUUCUUCAUUUGACAGUCCAGAUGAAGAGUCAUGGAUAGGAAUGAACCGGCAGCAUGGUUUGGUAGAUGAACAAGAUGCAGCUUAUAUAGGUGAGAUACUGAAGUCCAUUCAGAUGGUUGCAGAUGUUAUGGAAAUCCUUGUGAAGAGGGUUUUGUUGGCGGAAUCUGAAACUGCAAUUGAGAAGGAAAAAGUCACUUUAGGUCAGGAGGAAAUUAAGAGGAAGUCUGCCCAGUUAGAGAAUAUGUCUAUUAAAUUAGAGGAGAUGGAACGCUUUGCUCUGGGCACAAAUAGUAUUUUGAAUGAAAUGCGGCAAAGGGUUGAGGAUUUGGUGGAAGAAACAACCAGACAGCGACAGCGAGCUUCUGAAAAUGAGCAGGAGCUCAGUAGAGUGAAACGGGACUUUGAAUCUUUGAAAUCAUAUGUUAGCAGUUUAAUAUCUGUGAGAGAAACCUUACUUUCAUCGGAGAAGCAAUUUCAAAGUAUUGAGAGGCUGUUUGAACGGCUGGUUGAGAAGACUACACAAUUGGAGGGUGAGAAAAUGCAGAAAGAGGCUGAAGUUCAGAGACUCAUGGAAGAGAAUGUGAGGUUGAGUUCUCUGCUUGACAAGAAAGAGGCCCAGCUUCUGGCAUUGAAUGAACAAUGCAAGGUAAUGGCCUUGAGCGCUUCGAACAUGUAGAUGCUGUGAUACCUUACUGAUUGUUUGCAUGAUAUGCGCCCCUGCUUAUCGUGGGACUGUGGGAGGCAUCCAAGAGGAGUUUUCCUGGGUAAUGCAAUGCACUUGUCAUCAUGAUUGAAGUCCUCUCGUCCCGAAGGAGCAGCAGUGAACGGCUACUUACUCAUCUCUUGUGCCUUUGUUUUACUCUCUGGUGCCAUCAUUGUGCCUUUUUGUUGGAAUUCAUCGUCAAAGACAAUAUGUACUCGAAGCGAAACUGCGAAAACUUGGCUUGCUCUUUUAUGAAAGGACAAAAAAGAAAAAGGAUUUAAGUUGUCUAUAUUUGCAACAAAUGUUGAAGACCGCGUCGUGGAUCGCCGUCAUGUUGAUAUCAUAAUUAUUGCUUGUGAGUGAACGAACAAUCUUUUAUCUUUCAAUUGUUGAGUUUAUCGAGUUUUUAGAUU